AUGUUCAACAGGCAUUCUGGCAGCAGCAGUAGCAGUAGUAGCAGCAGCAGUGACUUUAGUGACAGUGACAGUGAUAGUGAUGGUGUCUAUCAUCGAAGACCACGCAACGACAGGAGCAGAGGCGCUGACGCUCGAAGGAGAAGAGACAGUUCUGCUGACAGACAGGCUGCAGACACCAAUAUAGGACGCGAUGAUGCUGAUGCUGAUGCUGAUGCUGAUGUUGAAGUUAAUAUCGGUAACAACGCUGCCGAUGAUAGGAGUGUUCAGGAGCCUCUGGACCCGCUGGCGUUUCAAACUUUCAUAGUGGAUCAAUUGGCAAAGGUUCAGGAACAAAACGAGAAUUUGAGUAAGAAACUGACUCAAUUGGAAAAGGAGCAAGAAGAGUAUUACAUCAAUCAAAUGUCCAAGAUGGCCAGUGGGUUCAAGAACGUUCAGCGUUGUGUUGAGGACGUUUCCAAUUUGAAGGAUAUGUUUCAGGAAAUUGUGGGAAUUAUGACGGGAGAAAGAAUCAGAUUCCUAGAUCAUUCUGAUGAAAACGUUUCUCCCCAGGAUGCUCAAAAUAUUAAUAAUAAUGAUAGCACCUCAUCGUCUUCAGAUCUCGAUUAUACAAGGAGAAUGCAACAAUAUCGAAGAAUGGAGGAGGAUACCCAAUUGCUCAGAACGGCCCAUUCAUUGGAUCGAAUUGGUCCCAAUGCAAUCAAGCAAGAGACAUCGUACCACGUUCCCUUAUUUAUGGAAAGAGGUAGAGCAGGACCCAGCGGAAACCAUGAUGCAACAAUAGGAGAGGCAAAUGAAACAACAACUGAACCGAAUGUUUCAUCAAGUAAUACCGCUUCCGCAACUCUCAUGGAACAGGCGAGAAACUAUAAAAUCAAUAGAGCCCUAUACAAUGUUAUUGAUUUGGCCCGUGAAUAUUAUGAGGGAUUUCCCGGUAAGCCGUCAGUAAUGUUGUUAGAGAGAAGGUUUGGUGCGUCUUGGAGAAGAGAUUCAAAAGAUAGAGUUUUGUUUACCAAGAGAAAAUGUAUCAUCAAUAAGAUAGAUGAGAUAGUCAAGAAUCCAGAGAAGUUUAAUCUACCGACGAAAAUAUCAAGGAAAUCUGCCAUCAAAGUGGUUGAAAACAUUCGACUGGGGAACAAUAAAUUUAGAGGUCAUGCCUGUAGAUUAUCGUUAUCUCAGUUAUACGAGUAUUUCUCCAAAAAACAGGACACCCCUGACGAUUAUUCUCUCGAGCUGAAAGUAAGGGGAGUUGAGACAAGAAGAGUGUAUCUUAUGAGAGAAAGAGACGAAACUAGAAACGACAUUCGUGCAGAUUCCAGUUCAUCGACAUCAGUGGCAUCGUCCACGGCACAGAGUAUUCCAUCCACGUCUGAAUCUGCAGCUAAUACAAGCACCAAUGCCAAUGUGGAUCCUGCCAUUCGCUCGUCAGUCAACCCAUCUUCAAUUCCGUAA